AAUGAUAAAUAAGCAAUAAAUUAUUAUAUUGCUGUUGGAAUCCUGGAGAAUGAUUAAUAAUAAACUAACUGCCAAAUAGUUCAAUAUCAUUAACAAUAAUACCACUUUUACUAUUUCUAAAAAAAAAAUUUUAAAUAUCAAAUUUUUACCAAAAUUGACUUUAUUAUCAUAUUCUAAUACAUCGCCAUUUCAUUGGAACAGAACGCUGAAUAAUCUCCUCAAAUUAAAAGAAAAAAAGCAAGAACAGAAGAAUGUAAGAACAGGAUUAUUCCCUCCAAAAGUUGACGAUUGGCAACCCUAAGCAUGGCGGAAGCUUCGAACUUGCGAGUGGGAAGCGUCGAACGCUGAAGAAAAAGCCUUGGGGCCCUCUGGGAUGCGGGCGAUGACAGUCCCGCUAUGCGAACCAGUUGUUAAACCGAGACCAGUACCGUUUCGGCAGUCGACAGAAAAGCCAUGAAGCUGCAGGAUUUCAUCAAGUACCUCGUCUGCGUUUUCGUGCUCUCCACGAGAACGAUUCGCUGCGAUGACCUCAACUCGACCAACAUUCGGGAGGAUGAAGAGAGGAUGGCGCGUGGAGUUUUGGACUUCAUCUUCGGCAGGUUCAAGAGUUGUGGAAAUUGUAUGUGCGGACGAUCUAAUCGAUCUGGCGAAGGAAGAUUCCUCGGUGGAGAAUAUACCGUACCGCACGAAUUCCCAUGGCUGGCGAACAUUCACGUGAGGUCACAGUUACUCUUCAGUGGAGUUCUAAUAAACGAUCGCUACGUCUUAACCGCAGCUAGUCAACUGGUCAGCGUGACAGCGCCAGAGAUCAAAGUGUCCCUUGGAGAACACGAUCGAUGCAAUUUAGACGUGUCAUCGACAAGGGUCAGCGUAGAAUCUGUGAUUUUGUAUCCAGAGUACAAUCCUGACUCCCACGCUCACGAUUUGGCGCUGAUAAAAUUGAGUCAACAAAUUAAAUUCGAAAGGAGGAUAUCGCCAAUCUGUUUACCCAAUCCAGGAUCGACUUACCUCGGACAAGUGGGCACCUUGGUCGGGUGGACGGUGAGCAGAACAAUCGACAGCAACAAUCAAACCUGUCGACCACGAAAAUUAGGCCUUCCAAUUUUGGGUUCUGGCGAAUGCAUAAGGUCCGGAAUAGAUCCCAUAAAUUUUCACAACGAUUCCGGCUGCGCUGGCGUUUUAGGUGGAACUUCCAUCGUAUGCGAGAACGACGUAGGUUCUUCCGUGCAAUAUCGUUCAUACGCAGGAGUUUAUGAUCUCGUCGGCAUAAUUACGGAUAUAAAUCAGUGCGGCACCGUUCCAGCAGUCUCGAUUUUCACGAGAGUGGGUCCUCAUCUAAACUGGCUGUUACAACAAACCAAAGAUGCAUGUUAUUGCCCUAAAUAAUACCUUUCAUUGAACGUC